ACAAGAAAGCAAGGGGACAGCGCGGGGAAAUCAGACGCGCGUUGACAUGGUGAGGAGCAGAGAGUUUCUCUCCUGAUCUGGUGCCUGUGUUUUUUUUUGAAAAAUGGACUCGAUCGCUGGUUGCUGCGCCCUCUCUCUAUCGAUCAGCCUGUGGGUGUGCAUCACCGCCGCUUAUUCCCAUAAUUGCGACAAUCAUCUUGUGUCUGACUUGCCUCAGUCAGCGUUCUCUUCCUCCUCUGUGCUAUCUAGCAGUCACAACCCUGGCUUUGCAAAGCUGAAUAGAAGGGAUGGAGCAGGUGGAUGGUCCCCAAGAGAUUCUGACAAAUACCAAUGGUUACAGAUAGACCUUGGUGAGAGAACAGAAAUCACCGCUGUAGCAACCCAGGGCCGGUAUGGGAGCUCAGACUGGGUGACGAGUUAUGUGCUAAUGUUCAGUGACACUGAGAGAAAUUGGAAGCAGUAUCGCCAAGAAGACAACACAUGGGCUUUCCCAGGAAACUCUAAUGCGGACAGUGUUGUGCACCACAAGCUCCAGUACUCCGUCAGAGCCAGAUUCCUUCGUUUUGCCCCUCUCCAGUGGAAUCCUACCGGUAGAAUAGGAAUGAGAGUUGAGGUUUAUGGCUGCUCCUACAAGUCAGACAUGGCUGAUUUUGAUGGCAGAAGCUCACUGCUCUACAGAUUCAACCAAAAGAGUAUGAGUACAGUGAAGGACAUGAUCUCCCUGAAGUUCAAAACCUUACAAAGUGAUGGAGUGGUUCUGCACGGAGAGGGACAACGGGGAGAUUACAUCACACUUGAACUGAAGAAAGGCAAACUCUCACUGCAGAUCAACCUAGGUGAUGCAAAAUUGCGAUCUGUUGAUGGCCAUACCUCAGUGACUCUGGGGAGUCUGCUCGACGAUCAGCACUGGCAUUCCAUUACCAUCGAACGCUACAACAAGCAAGUGAACUUCACCGUGGAUCAGCACACACAGCACUUCCGAACCAAAGGAGAGUUUGAUUAUCUGGAUAUUGAUUAUGAGCUCAGCUUUGGAGGGAUCCCAGUUCCAGGCAAAUCAGUGACUUUCCUGAGGAAGAACUUCCAUGGCUGCAUUGAGAAUCUCUAUUACAACGGAGUGAAUAUUAUUGAUCUGGCAAAGAGACGUAAACUUCAGAUACACAUUGUGGGAAAUGUAACCUUUUCCUGCUCAGAACCUCAUAUCGUUCCAGUCACAUUCAUGACUCCUAGUAGUUACUUGCUGCUUCCCGGGAAGCCUCAACUGGAUGGACUUUCUGUCAGCUUCCAAUUCCGUACCUGGAACAAGGAUGGUCUGCUGCUGUAUAAUGAAUUCCAUGAAGCAUCUGGAGUCCUACAGAUUUACCUCAACAAGGGGAAGCUCAAAAUAAAUGUUCAUAAAUUAUCAUGGAACCAAGCUGAUAUCACCACAGGUGAUGAUCUAAAUGAUGGACUGUGGCAUUCUAUUAAUUUGAAUGCCAGAAGGAAUCGAGUUAGCAUCAUUUUGGACAACAAUGCAGCCUCAACCUUUCAUUCAACCAUACAGAUGCAGAUCUACUCUGGAAGCAGAUAUUAUUUUGGAGGUUGUCCUGAAAAUGCAACUGCUACAGAUUGUUUAAAUCCAUUUGACGCAUUUGAAGGCUGCAUGCGGCUUAUAUUGAUUGACAACCAAGCAGUGGAUCUCAUUCUGGUGCAACAAGGCUUACAGGGAAACUUCUCUGACCUCCACAUUGACAUAUGCGGUAUUCAAGACAGGUGCUUACCGAAUUACUGUGAGCACGGUGGAGAAUGCUCUCAGUCCUGGAGUACCUUUUACUGUGAUUGCGCCGGGACUGGCUAUACAGGAGAAACUUGUCACAGCUCUUUGUAUGAAAAGUCAUGUGAAGCGUACAGGCACAAAGGGCAGAUGUCUGACUUUUUCUCCAUUGACCCAGAUGGCAGCGGCCCACUGGAACCCCUUCUUGUGUACUGCAACAUGACAGAAGACAAGACAUGGACAGUGACGCAGCACAACAACACAGAGCUAACCAAGGUCCAAGCCUCCAAUUCUGGCAAGCCUCAUCUCGUGCAUUUGAGUUACACAGCUAACUCGGAACAAUUACAAGCCAUGAUUAACAACAUGGACUACUGCGAGCAGGAAGUGUCUUACCAUUGCAGAAAGUCACGCCUUUUAAACACACCUGGUGGCACCCCAUUGACCUGGUGGAUUGGGAGGACCAAUGAGAAGCAAACUUACUGGGGAGGUUCAUCGCCAGGCAUUCAGAAAUGUGCCUGCGGAUUGGAGGAGAACUGCUUGGAUACCAAGUACCACUGUAACUGCGACGCUGACAGAGAUGAAUGGGUGAAUGACACGGGUCUUCUUUCAUACAAAGAUCACUUGCCUCUGACCCAGCUUGUAAUUGGAGACACCAACAGGACAGAUUCAGAGGCAGCUUACAGACUUGGACCACUCCGUUGCAAUGGAGACAAUAAUUACUGGAAUGCAGCAUCAUUUAACACCAAGUCCUCCUAUCUCCAUUUUCCAACAUUCCGUGGGGAGCUAAGCGCAGACAUUUCAUUUUUCUUCAAAACAACUGUGGCAUCAGGCGUUUUCCUGGAGAACCUUGGCAUUAAGGACUUCAUAAGGAUCGAACUGAACUCGCCAGUGGAAGUUCUCUUCUCACUCGAUGUGGGGAACGGCCCUUUUGCAGUUGCAGUGGACUCACCCUCACCGUUGAAUGACAAUCAGUGGCAUUACGUCGAGGCAGAGCGGAAUAUCAAAGCAGCAUCACUCCGAGUAGAUCACCUACCACGAGUGGCUCAGGAGGCUCCAGCCGAUGGACACAUUCAUUUACAGCUCAACAGCCAGCUGUUUGUAGGAGGCACGGCCUCAAGACAGAAAGGAUUCCUUGGAUGCAUUCGAGCUUUGCAACUGAAUGGAGUGAACCUUGAUCUUGAAGAACGGGCGAGGAUGACCCCUGGAGUUAAUCCAGGAUGCCCGGGGCACUGUACAAGCUAUGGCAACCUAUGCCACAAUGGAGGACAAUGUAUAGAGAAAUACAAUGGUUAUUCAUGCAACUGCACCUCCUCUGCUUAUGAUGGACCAUUCUGCAAGAAAGAGGUUUCUGCUAUUUUCGAGGUUGGAACGUCCCUGAUCUACAACUUCCAGGAGUCUUAUGGGCUUGCUAAGAAUCUAAGUGCGCAUUUAUCUGCCAUCUAUAUGGACAGGACAAUUUCCACAGAGAACACGGCUUUCAGCUUCCGAACGACACGUGCACCCAGCAUCCUGCUGUACGUGGACAGCUACCAUGAGGAGUAUUUGGCUGUGAUACUACUCCAAAAUGGAAGCCUUCAGGUCAGGUACAGACUUGACAAGGAUAAAGAUCCUGAUAUCUUUAGCCUCGACAUUGGAAACCUUGCAGACGGACAUCUCCACAGUGUCAAAAUCGACCGUGAAGGACCAAGGGUCCAUGUUGAGGUUGACUAUUUCCAUGCCAGGAGCUACAAGCUGUCAACUGUUUCAGAUAAAGCAUUUAACGGCCUCAAGUCUCUUGUCCUUGGCAAGAUAAUAGACACUGGCAAUCUCGACCAGGAGAUUGUGAAUGCGAACAUACAGGGUUUCGUUGGCUGCCUAUCGUCAGUUCAGUUUAACUGGAUCGCACCAUUAAAGGAGGGACUGCGCCACUUUAGCUCUGCCCCAGUGACUGUGAAAGGAGACUUGAUUGAAUCUGACUGUCGUUCUUCAGUGAUGACCGAACCAGUUGCCAUGACCACCACACUCUCAUUCACAGAUGAUUCCAAACCCACUGAGGAGGAGCAGCCAUUACAAAAUGCAUUCAGAAGUGAUUCUGCAGUCAUCGGAGGUGUUAUAGCGAUUGUGAUAUUUGUCAUCCUCUGCAUUUUUGCUAUAACGGGACGCUUGUUAUAUCAGAACAAAGGCACUUAUCAAAAUAAUGAGCCGAAAAGAACGGAAUAUGCUGAGAACACUGAUGCAGCACUGAAGAACCAUGCCAAUUACCAGGAUUCUGUAAGCGAAAGCAGGAAAGAGUAUUUCAUCUGACAGUGAGAGAGGCCCUCCUCAUGGCUACACUUGCAACAGCAGAUUAAUAACAACACUACAACCUGGACUUGCUGUCUGUACUAUGAGUUAGUUCCAGACUCUGCAAACUAAAUGGCCAAAAGUUAGCACAAAAUACACGGCAUUUGACUAAUGACUGGUUGGUAUUUUUGUUUACCUGACAGAACAGGGAUAUAGCCUAUUAUUUCCUGCUAACAAAAUGCCAUCUCAGGGGAGCAGAAUGAAGAUUCCACAAAAUUAUGGUUACAAAAACAGCAGCUAUUAAAAAAAAAGUCUUGACACACCUCCUCAGAGUGAUGUAAAACAAUAAUAUUAACUUUUAAAUGUAACUGGGUUCUUGGUUUAUCUUCAUAAGAUUUAUUUCUGUACCUUUCUUUUCUGGAGAGACCAUUUUAUUUGUCCAUUAAGCAGGUGAAGUGGUAACAAGGUUAUCAAUCUGGUUAAGUGCAGAUUUAUGAUGAGACCUACAUUCUUUCUAAGCAAUUUAUUUAUUGUUGGUAACUUGGUGGUCAAACAGUCUAUUAGAUGAAUCUAAGCACAUAUGGUCAUUCAUGCUCAUUAUAUACAGUGCUAUCUUAAAAAAAAAGCUCCCAGCUGAUUCCCUUUAAAAUUGAAAACCUUUGUUGCCAUAGCUAAUAAAUCAUAAUUGACCAUAUUGCAAUCAAUUAUGUUUGGAUUUCAAGU